AUGUGCCGGUCAUGGAUCCAGGACUUGGGUCGUGACAUGAAUGGCAAAGGGGGCGAUUGUUGGGUUGUUGUCAUUGCAUGUGCAGCAAAUGGACGGUAUGAGAAGGAUUUGCCAAGGGUAGACAUAUUUGUGUGUACUGCAGACCCAGAAAUGGAGCCACCAAUCAUGGUGAUCAACACGGUCUUAUCAAUGAUGGCCUAUGAUUAUCCACCAGAGAAGCUGAGCGUUUAUCUGUCGGAUGAUGGUGUCUCAGAAUUGACCUUUUAUGCAAUUCUAGAGGCAUCAAGGUUCCCAAAGUAUUGGCUACCGUUUUGCAAGAAGUUCAACGUAGAACCAAGAUCACCCGAGGCCUAUUUUCAGAUUGAACCACUGGAUGACCCUGUCAAGACCAAAGAGUGGUUGUUCAUCAAGGUAAGCUAUGCUGGGGUUAAUAUGACAGCUCUUUAA